CUCACACAUCAAACCAAAAUGACAAGCGACAACGAAGUGGUGGACGGAGAAGACGGAAGUGUCGGGGAGAAACAGAAGGAUGACAGGCCUAAAUGGGACAAUAAAUGUCAGUAUUUGCUAACCUGCAUAGGCUUUGCUGUGGGACUUGGUAAUGUGUGGAGGUUUCCAUACUUGUGUCAAAUCUACGGUGGAGGGGCAUUCCUGAUUCCUUAUGUCAUUGCCUUGGUGUUCGAGGGACUUCCUCUGCUGCACAUGGAACUGGCUGUUGGGCAGCGACUCCGCAUGGGAAGUGUUGGAGUGUGGAAUUCAAUCUCACCAUAUCUGGGAGGUCUAGGUGUGAGUUCCAUGAUCGUUUCCUUCCUGGUUGGUCUCUUCUACAACAUGAUCUUGGCCUGGAUCCUCUGGUACUUCUUCCACUCCUUUCAGAAUCCGCUUCCCUGGAGGGACUGCCCCAUAAACUUGAACCGGACAGGCUAUGUUAAGGAAUGUGAAGAGAGCUCAGCAGUGAAUUACUUUUGGUAUCGUGAAACACUGAACAUAACACCAAACAUCGAGACCAGUGGGUCCUUACAGUGGUGGCUCGUGUUGUGUCUUGCUUCUGCUUGGUGCGUCGUCUACAUCUGCUUCAUACGUGGUAUUGAGACAAUUGGAAAGGCCAUCUAUGUCACAGCCACCUUCCCGUAUCUUGUUCUUACCAUUUUCUUAGUCAGGGCCUUGACUCUUCCUGGAGCAACAGAUGGUUUAAUAUAUCUCUUCACACCAAAUUGGGAAAUCCUGAAAAAUCCUAAGGUCUGGCUUGACGCUGCUACUCAGAUCUUUUUCUCUUUGUCUUUGGCCUUUGGGGGACUCAUUGCUUUCUCCAGUUAUAAUCCUCAGAAGAAUAACUGUCAGAGCGAUGCCCUGAUCGUUGGAUGUGUCAACAGUUUCACGUCAAUAUAUGCAUCAAUUCCUAUUUUUGCCAUCCUUGGGUUUAAAGCAAACGAAAACUACCUUAACUGUCAAAACUGGAACAUAUUAAGUUUGACGAACGCGUUCAACAUUGGGGAUGAGAACAUAACUCUUGAAAACUAUCAAGACUGGUUCAACUAUCUCAACACAACUGAUCCCAUGGAGGUUGAAAGCCUCCAUCUAAAGACCUGCAAUCUGCAGACGUUCUUGGAACAGAGCGUCUCAGGAACCGGACUGGCCUUCAUAUUGUUCACCGAGGCAGUGAUACACAUGCCAGGAUCUCAGGUGUGGGCGAUCCUCUUCUUUAUCAUGCUCUUCUGCCUGGGCCUGUCCUCCAUGUUUGGAAACCUUGAGGGGGUCCUUACUCCUCUGUUGGACCUACACAUGGUCCCACCUUGGCUUCCUAAGGAAAUUUUCACAGGCUUAAUCUGCCUCACCUCCUUUACUGUGGCCCUCAUCUUCACUUUGGGCUCCGGCAACUACUGGCUGGAGAUUUUUAACAGCUAUGUGGGAUCCAUGCCUCUGCUCAUCAUAGCCUUCUUCGAGAUCACCGCUGUGGUAUACAUCUAUGGAAUUAACAGGUUCAACGAUGACAUUGAAUGGAUGACAGGCCGGAGACCAAACAUCUACUGGCAGGUGACGUGGCGUUUUAUCAGCCCCGUCAUGCUGCUGGUGGUUUUUGUGGCAUACGUUGUGGUUGAGGCUGAGAAGCAACCGACAUACAACACCUGGAACCCAGAUUAUGUGAACUUCCCUCUUGCAGAUGUUCUGGAUUAUCCUCAGUGGGUUUUUGCCAUCUGUGUGCUCCUAUCUGUUCUUCCUGUCCUCUCAAUUCCACUUGUGGCUUCAUUCAGAUUCAUGGGAUUCCUGAAGAAUUACAUCACGAUGAGGCACAAUCUAAAUCCAUACGCAGAUGAACUUUGUAAUGAGGAAUUGUGAAUUAAAAACAUAUAUAAACUACGUAAUCUCAUUAAUGAUAAGGAUAACCAGGGGUGUUAGUGUAGGGUUGUCUUCUAUUCUUAGUUUCUUACCUAUAAUUGAUGGGCCAGGAGUGUAUUUUAGCCACCAAAAUAAGCACUGUCGACUUGUCACACAGCAUUUUCCAAUGGGGAACUGAAUUAAUCAAUGGCCUCUGUUGGAUCUGAAUAAAUAUCUUGCCCCUUCAUGGCUGACAUCACUGUGACGUCACGAUGUUAACUGGAGGCAGAAGAGAGGGAAGCUUGAGGCGAACACCGUCACUUCAGAUCAUGAAAAUGUCUUGUUGUAUUUUUUGGUGCCAAAACAGAAAAAUAAACAACACAAGUUUUAUCACAUACCAGCCACUGCCAGUCUAAACAACUCUGGUUUGGGUUUGGCUUUAGCGAUUAAAAGAAAGGAUUGGAGUGAGAAAAUAAACAACGCGCAUACUAAUCAGAUAAGAUUAAUAUGAAAUGCAUUAUCAGUUUCAGCCUGGAUAACAUUAUGGGUUAGAAUAAAUAAUGACUGAAAUUACUUUAAGUUUAUACUUAUUUAGGGGAUUCUUGUUACACUGUAAUGCUAAUGCUAACCACUAGGUAAUGUAACAUUAGCUGCGGGUUUCAGAGAAGUCCAAGCAGAAGCUGCAUUUGCUACAUUACCCGAAUCCUCAGUGGAUCCACUUACUUCUGGUAAUAUCUUAGAGAGACUUAACUUGAUUAAGACAGACCAGACUUCAUCUCCUC